AUGGCAUUCACCGAUCGAUUCACGAGAUGCUGGGCAAUCUUUGCCCUCAUCAUCCUGUCAUGGCCUGCGCUGGCCCACGCCACGCCCGACCCUAGAAUGCUCGAUUCCAGGAUGUUGGAACCAAGACAGCUGAAGCAGACGCUCUGCUCAAGCUCGAACACGGCAUCAAUGAGCGCAAAUCUCAGUAUAUGGCAGACUAACGGUCUCUGUUCCGACUUUUGCAGAGGCAAGAACUUUGCCCUCGCUAUUGUCCAGUACCAGUCAUGCUGGUGCUCCGACGUCGCCCCGGCCGCGUCCUCCGAAGCCGAUGUCGAAGACAAGUGCAACGACAUUUGCCCCGGCUACGACACCGAGAAGUGCGGUUCACGGCCGAACUGGUACGGGUAUAUUCAGUUGGCAAAGACCCCUACUAGCACCGCAGGCGGCGAUGCCGCCACGACCUCCGCUGCAGCGGCGUCAACAACACAAGUUAAAAACGACAACCUCCGACCCAACAACGUCGACGACCUCGUCAACCACUUCAGUACGCCUCAGCAACCCCCAUCAACACGCCGUAAAUCGAUUGUCAAUUUCACAACGACAUCGAGGAAGCCUCAGACGUCUGUUCAGACCGUCACCGCCGAUGGAACCGUUAGGACUGUUACUGUCACUCCUACGGCUACGGGAACCGAUGGCGCGACUGGGGCCUCAGAGCUGUCCCCCUCGAGCUCGGCAUCGUCAUCGAAUGGACUGAGCACCGGUGCAGUCGUUGGAGUGGUAGUGGGAGUUAUUGCCGCCGUGGUAGCAUUCGCAGGACUGGGCCUCUUCCUGUUCUUCCGACGACGCAAGCAACACCAGGAGAACUCAAAGUACGACGAGCCCAGCCACCGUGGCAGCUCAGCCGGUAUGACUGGCUCACCGCGUAACCCCGAAAUGGUCGUGACAGUUGAUGGUGGACGAUGGGACGCCGACUCGACCAGCGACCACCGCCGCAGUCGCCUCAUGGCACACGAUCCUCGCAUGGAACCCCUCGGAAGGGGCCUGUACCUGAACAACAAGAGCGCCGAGAGCAUCAACACAUUGCGCGACGACCAAGAUUAUUCCCGCAAGGUUCAUAAACCAGUCUUGCGGGCGACCAACCCCGAUCCUGAAUGA